AUGGCUAAUAAUAAUAAUAAUAAUAAUAAUAAUGAAAAUAAAAAUGAAUAUUUAUUUUGGAAAGUUUUUAAAAAUAAAUAUUUAAUUAAGAAUAUAUUUUAUCAAAUGACUAUUGAGAAUAAUGAGUUUAAUUAUUUAAAAAUUGAUAGAAAAAAGUGUAAUGUAAAUUCAAGAAUAAAGAUUAACAGAAUUACUCAUUUAGAAUGGUUAACAAGGAACGGAUACAAUGGGUAUUAUAAAGGGGAUGAUUUAUUAAAUGAUAAAAUUAAAUCAAAAAGAAGGUUAAGAGUUGAUAGGGAUGCAAUAAUUAUAUUCUUGGAGAAAUCAAAAGGUGAUAGAAGAACCAUAUCAAAGUUAUUCAAUUAUGAAAUCAAUAAAGAAGAUUUCAAAAUGUUAGAUUUAAUAAAACAAUCAAUUCGUGCAAAUAACUUUACAGCUGUUAAAUUCUUUUCAGGUGGUGAUAAUGAAGAAAAUGAUGGUUAUCAAUUACAAAUUUAUCCUUCAACUUUAAAAUGUGCAUUACUUUCAAAAGAUUUAGAAAUUAUAAAAUAUAUUUUUAAUAAUUUAAUAUUAUAUAAUAUUGAAAAUAAUUUUAAAGGUAUUGGAUUAAAUGGUUUAUUAAAAAUUAUUACAACAACAACCACAACAACCACCACCACAACAACAACAACAACAACAGCAACAACAAUUAAACAAAAUAAAGAUAAUGAAAUAAUUGAAUUUUUAAUUGAAAAAUUUCAAUCAAUUGAUAGUGACCAAUUAAAAGAAACAAUAGAUUUAAAUUAUUUAAUUAUGGAAAUUAAAAAUUAUGAAUUAAUAGAUAAGAUAUUAGAUUUAGUACCUUCAAAAAUUAAAAUAAUAGAUAAAAAUAAUAAUAAUAAUAGUAAUAAUAAUAAUAAAAAAAUAAAAAAUAAAAUUAAUAAUGGUUAUAUUAAUAUCGAUAGUGAUAUUGAUAAUGAUAAUAAUAAUAAUAAUAAUAAUAAUAAUAAUAAUAAUAAUAAUAAUAAUAAUAAUAAUAAAAAUAAAAAUAGUAAUAGUUAUAUCGAUAAUAAUAAUGAUGAUGAUGAUGAUGAUGAUGAUGAUGAUGAUGAUGAUGAUGAUGAUGAUGAUGAUGAUGAUGAUGAUGAUGAUGAUGAUAAUGAAAAUAAUGAUGAAAAUAAUGAUAAUAGUUUAAUUAAGAAUUUCCCAAUUGAAUCAUUAAAUGGAUUUAAUUCAAUGGAAUUACUAUCAAUUUUAAAAUUAGUAUUUAAAAUUAAAAAAAAAGAAAUUCAAAUUAAAGAUAUUAAUCAAUUUUAUAAAUUAGAGAAUUCAAGUGAUCAAAUUAAAUUUAUAAAAUCAACCAUUAUUAAAGAAUUAAAAAAAAUAAAUUUAAUAGUUGAAUAUUUCAUAGAAUAUGAUGAAAUUUUAGAUGAUAUUGAAUAUCAAGCUAUCAAUCCUAAUGCUAAUGGUAAUAGUAAUGAUAGUGGUAGUAAUGAUAGUAAUGAUAGUGGUAGUGGUAUUGAUAAUAAUUUUAAUAACAAAUUAGAAAAUUCAUUAUUAGAUGAAAUUUUUUCAAAUUUUAGUUUAAAUGGUUUAAAUUAUUUAAUAAAAAGAAAUUGUUUAAAAAAUAAUAAUAAUAAUAAUAAUAAUAAUAAUAAUAAUAAUAAUAAUAAUAAUAAUAAUAAUAAUAAUAAUAAUAAUAAUAAUAAUAAUAAUAAUAAUAAUAAUAAUAUUAAAAAAGAUUAUGAAUUUCAUAAUGAUAAAACAAAUUUUAAAAAAGAUCAAGAAAAAAUAAAUUCAAUAUUUAAAAGGUUUAAUUCAUUUAUUAAUCUUUAUAAUCAACAAACAGUAUUAUCAUAUCCAAUUGAAAAAGUUUUAUUAAAAUAUUCAGAAUUUGGUUAUUCUUCAAUCAUUAUACCAUUAAUUAGUAAUAAUAAUAAUAAUAAUAAUAAUAAUAAUAAUAAUAAUAAUAAUAAUAAUAAUAAUAAUAAUAAUAAUAAUAAUAAUAAUAAUAAUAAUAAUAAUAAUAAUAAUAAUAAUAAUAAUAAUAAUAAUAAUAAUAAUAAUAAUAAUAAUAAUAAUAAUAAUGAAAAUAAUAAUAAUAAUAAUCCUUUAGAUUUAGAUUUAAAAUUAUUACAAAUGAUAAUUAAAAAUUCAAAAAGAUUUGAAAUUGAUUUUGAAAAAAGAAUAUUAGAAGAUUCAUUAUUAAAAAUAAAGAAAUCAUUAAUAAGUAAUCAUAGUGAACUUGAAAAAAAUAUUGAAAAAAUUUAUAGUUUAAUUUUAGAUUCAAUUUUAAAUUUAAAUUUAGAUUCAUUAAAAUCAAUUUAUAAUUUUAUUUUAAAACAGGGUUUUGAACAAUCAACAUUAUUAAUUCAAUUACCAAAAUUAAAAUUUCAAAAUCUUUUUCAUUAUCAAGAUGAAUUAAUUUUUAAAAGAGUAGAUGAAAAUAAUCAUCAACAAGAUUUUAAAAUUAUUAAAGAUAUUUUCAAUUUUUUUAAUAAUAUGAAAUAUAUAUCAAAACAUUUUUUUAAUAAUAUUAUUAAAUGUUUAACAUCAUCAAAAGAAUUUUCAUUAAAAGAAAAGGAAAAAUUAAUUAAAAGAAUCAAUUUUACAAGAUAUCCAAAAUCAUCAUUAAAAAUAGUAUUUUUAAAUUUAAUUCAAAAGAAUUUUAAUAUUUCAAAAUUAAUUUUAUCAAGAAUAAUAGAUAACAAUAACAACAACAAUGGUGAUGAUGGUGAUGAUGGAGUUGUUGAUAUUUUCAAUGGAUUUAAAAAAAGUUAUAAUGAAAUUAUAAAAAUUAAAUUUGAACAAGAAUUAGGUAGAGAUAAACCAUAUAUUAUUAUAAAAAAGAAUUUAAAGAGUGAAUAUUUAGAUAAACCAAUUCAAGAAGAAGAACUUAGUGAUGAACAUUAUGAAAUGGAUUCAAUGGUAAAUCAAUUAUAUGAAUAUGAUGAAAUUUAUUAUUUCAUUGAUAAAUUAUUAUCGAGUAGUGGUGGUGGUGGUGUACUGAUUAAUCAUAAAGAUUGUUUUCAAUUCAUAUUUGAACAUUUAUUUAAUUUAAUAUUACAAUCAAAACAAUGUACAUUGGAGCUAGUGAAUGAAUUAAUUGAAAAGUAUAAAGAGUAUCAAAUCAAAGUACCACAUGGUUUUUAUCAAAUUUUCAAUUACCUUUAUUUGAAAUCACCAUCAUUGGCUCAUUUCACUAUGGAAACUUGGGACUUGUUUCAGUAUGGCUAUUUCCGUGUCAAUCGAUAUUUAAAUGAUAGUCACUUCACAUUUGACUACAUUUACAAUUGUAAAGAUUGUUUUGAAAUCUUUACUAAACUAUCAGACAGUUUCAUUGAAACCAUUAGAGCCACACUUUAUUUUGAAAAUCCAGCAGAACAAAAACAAAGUGAUUAUGAAACUUUGAAUGAGAAUUGCAUAUUUCUAAUGGAUCUCAAUCUAUUAGAUUAUUUCUUUCGUUUUAUGACUCACACAAAAUCAAUACCAUUCUUAAAUGCAGAUUCAUUAUAUUUCAUAGUUAUGAAAUUCGAUAAUAUCGAUAGAAUCGAAGAGAUCAUUCAAUUUUUAUUAUUGGAAAGAUGUGAAGUUACAGUUUUAAAAUUAUUAGAAGUUGCAAUUGAAUCUGGUAGAAUUGAAACUGUCAAUUAUCUAUUAUCAAAUUAUUUACAAGAAUUAACUAAUCAAGGACCUUUAAAAACCUAUUAUACAAUAUUUCAAUUCAAUAAUUUAUCAAUUUUAAAUAUUUUCUUAUCAAAUGAAAUUUAUAAAUCAUUAUUAGCAUUAUAUGAAAUUAAUAGUGAAAUUCAAUAUUCUGAUAGUGAAUCUUUUAAAUUCAUUAAUGGUACUUAUGAAAAAGAUUUUUAUAAUAAAUCUUUUAAAUAUGGUUAUUUAUCAAUUUGUAAAUUAUUAGAGGAACAUUAUGGUUCAAAUAAUAAUAAUAAUCAAGAUAAUAAUAGUGAAAAUAGUAGUAGUAAUGGUGGUAAUAAUAUUGUUAAAUUAAAAUUAAAAUUAAAAACUAUUGAAAAAGCAAUUCAAAAUGAUCAUAUAGAAAUUAUUAAAUAUUAUUAUUUAAAUUAUCCACAAUAUAAAUAUUUAAUUAAAUAUUCUUUAAGGAAAUUAAAACCUUUAGAUUUUAAUUAUUUUAAAUGGUUAAAAUAA